AUUGUGGACUCUACCUUUAAAAUGGAGCUCAGUUGGCAGUCUCCAUGGGGCUCAGAGACAAGGGAAGGCUGGGCUUUAUUGCCCCGGGGAGGAGGAGACGGUCGUGCAGGAGGCAGGUCUCCAGGAUAUGGCCUGGAGGAGUGGGUAAACACAGAGAGAAGGGUUAGCCCCAGACGAGUAGCACCAGUUGCGCUAAGGAGAAGGUGUGCGGAGAGGGAGACCGGCGGAGGGGUCGAUGAGGGCAGUAUGGACGCAGUCGUGCAGAGGUCCAACCAGACCAGCUCAGAAGAGGAGCCCAGGACCAGUUUGUUCCACUGCAUCCUGGAGCAGAGGCAGCUACGCAACCCAGACGAGGAGAUGAAGUUCCUGUUACAGAGGCUGGUGGUCAUCGCUCAUCUCCCCCGGUGUCUGGCUGACAGGAGGACCGUGGGAGUCUAUUAUGAGAAACUGAACCAGAGUUUGCAGCGCUCAUACCCUGGAGAGAACAUCACAGGACUUUUACUGCUCUACCCCACCUGUGUCCUACAUGUCAUUGAGUGUUCCAGUGAUGUUCUGGCUGCAGUGCUCCAGGAUCUGAGGAAAAUGGAAGUGGAUCCUCAAUGCUCGGUGCUGGAGAAGCCGCGGGUGCUGCUGGUGACCCACGACGUGCCCAGUCGUCUCUUCCAGCACUGGGGCUGCAGGGAGCUGCACCUGCCCACCGCCACCACCAUGCUGGGGGAGGACCACGUGCCGGAGUCCACCGAGGUGCUGGUCAGCCAGGUCCUGUCACUGCUGCUCAGGCUGGGGAACCAUCUGCUCACAGCCUCAAAGGUGGAGGAGAAAAGAGUGCAGACCUCACAGGUGAGCCCAGAGAGUGUGGAGGACGAGCUACCUGAGAAGCUGCUGGUGCCACAGGAUGUGCUGUCUCAGCUGCUCCAGAGGACAGAGCUGCUCACCCCACAGCAGUACCUGCAGACCUACCACACACCCCUACACCUGCUUAUAGAUUCAGGUCAUGUAUUUGGAAGUCACCAACCGACAACCGUUUAAUAUAUCUGCAUAGGAAACAGAAUAUGACUGUCUUCAGCCUGCAUUAGGUGUACCGCAGACCACAAAAUACAACUUGUAGAGCCAGGACUGAAAUGAAGAGCGGAGACACUACACUCAAGCACGGGACUUGAGACGUGAACGUAUUCUCUCUCCCCAACUGUUAUUGGAUAUACUGUGACAUCAUUUGGUUGCAUGUUAGUUGAAAAACCACCCAGGGACCUGUUUGAA